UUUUUGCUUGGAUUUCUUGGCCUUUUCUGCCUUUGCAGAUCUUUUUCCGCAGAGUCCACUUGCAAACUGAAAGCAAAGUUCAAUUUAAGUGGCUACAAAGAUGUAGUGAAGAAGAAGGUUGUUAUUGGGGGGAUGUUUCCCGUUCACAAGCGCAUCGCCUCCAGUGAUGGUAACACUUCAAGCGUGCCAGUUUCCUCUGGAUGUGAGGGAUUUAACUUCCGCACCUUCCGCUGGACUCAAACCAUGCUGUUUGCCAUUAAUGAAAUCAAUGAGAGGGAGGACUUGCUGCCCAACACUGACCUGGGUUACGUCAUCUAUGACUCCUGCUUCACAAUCUCCAAGGCCGUGGAGGGAACCCUGACCUACCUGACAGGCCAAGAUGAGGCGGUCCCCAACUACCGCUGUGGCAACGGCCCGCCUCUCGCUGCGUUAGUGGGUGCUGGUGGAUCUGAUCUAUCCAUUGCUACAGCAAGAAUUAUGGGGCUUUAUCAUUUUCCACAGGUUAGCUAUUCUUCAACGUGCUCUGCCCUGAACAAUAAGUUCCAGUUCCCCACGUUCCUACGGACCAUUCCCAAUGACCUCCACCAGUCCACAGCUAUGGCCCAGAUGGUGCUACACUUUGGCUGGACCUGGGUGGGCAUCAUAGCUGCGGAUGAUGAUUAUGGAAAGUACGGUAUAAAAGAAUUCAAAGAGCAGGUGGAAGAGGCUGGUGUAUGCAUAUCUUUCUCUGAGACCUUGCCCAAGGUGAGUUCCCCGGAGGCCAUCAGGAGUAUUGUUGAAACUGUAGUUCGCUCCACAGCCAAGAUAAUUGUAGUGUUCUCAUCAGACGUGGACCUCAGUCCUCUCAUCAGCGAGUUGCUCCGCCACAAUGUGACCAACCGCACUUGGAUUGCCAGCGAGGCCUGGGUCACCUCUGCUCUCAUCAGCCAGCAAGGGGUGAGCUCACUCCUUGGUGGCACACUGGGUUUUGGUGUGAAAAGAGCAGACAUCUCUGGUCUUCAGCACCAUUUAUUGGACCUGGAUCCUUAUAUUGACUCGCUCACUGAGGAAUUCUGGGAGACCUUGUUCAGCUGCACAUUAUCUUAUGAAAACGCACAGAGAAUGGCCAGACUGAAGCCCAAGGAGGGGAAAAGCAGAGCACAAAGGGAUGCACCUGACGGGUUGUGCUCUGGGAGGGAGUCCGUGGCACAGCUCAAUAACACCUACACUGAUGUCUCCCAGUUACGCAUCACUUACAGUGUCUACAAAGCAGUGUACGCUGUGGCCCAUGCCUUGCACAACCUGGAGCACUGUGAACAGGGGAAAGGGCCCUUUGUUGGGAACAGCUGCGCUGAUAUCACUAACUUUGAGCCGUGGCAGCUGAUGUACUACCUGAAGAACGUGCGCUUCAAAGUGCCUAACACGAGGGAGGAGAUCUACUUUGUCGAUGGCGACAUAGAGGGCUUCUACGAUAUCAUUAACUGGCAGGUCAAUGGAGAUGGAGAGAUUUUUUACGUCAAUGUGGGACAGUACAAUGGAUCGGCAGCCCCAGACAACAGACUGCACAUAAUAAACGGCUCCAUUGUUUGGAACACUGAAGUUGGAGAUUAUUGGUCCAAUGAUGCUCAUGAUGCCUGCGUGCCUAAAAUCAUUGAGUACCUGGCAUUUGGAGAGCCACUGGGAAUAACCCUCAUUGUCAUCUCUGCCUUUGGAGCUUUAGUAACUAUUGCUGUCGGGGUGGUGUUGCUUGUGCACAUUGGCACCCCUCUGGUCAGAGCCAACGAUGCCCUGUUGAGUUUUUCGCUUCUUUUCUCUUUGGUUGUGACCUUCCUCUGCUCCAUCGUCUUCCUCGGAGAGCCGCAGCAUUGGAGCUGCAUGACCAGCCAAGUAGCUUUAGCCCUGGGCUUUGCUCUCUGUCUUUCCUCCCUCAUGGGUAAGGCAGCAGUGUUGAUGCUUAGAGCUCAGGCCCUGAAAGCAGCUCGAGUCAAAGCCAAGGCAGCCGCCAAAGCAGCCAAAGCAGCGGCGGAGGCAGCGGCUAACAGCGGUAGCCCUGAUGUGAUUGUAACCAACAUAAACAGCAACGACAUUAGUGCUGUGCCCAUCUCUGAGGUUGACGCUCUCACAUGCGCCCAUCAGAGGGCAAUAGCUGCUGCGGCAACAUUGAUACAGGCAAUCGCAUGCACAGUGUGGCUCAUCAUCCUCCCCCCACACCCAGUCAAGAACACGUCUGCCCAAAACAUAAAGAUCAUACUGGAGUGUGACGAAGGAUCCGUGGUCUUCAUCUGCUGCAUCUUUGCGUACGACAUCCUGCUGGCUCUGAUGGCCUUCGUCUUUGCCUUCAUAGCCCGCAAGCUGGAGGACCACUUCAGUGAGGCCAAGUGCGUGACCUUCGGGAUGCUGGUCUUUUUCAUCGUGUGGAUCUCCUUCGUGCCAGCUUACCUCAGCACACGUGGCAAGUUCAUGGUCGCCGUCCAGAUCUUCGCCAUCCUGGCCUCAAGCUUUGGCCUCCUCACCUGUAUCUUCCUCCCCAAGUGCUACAUUCUUUUGGUCAAGCCCGAGCGCAACAAGGAGGAGUUCUUGAGGCCCCGCCCCAAACUCCGGGACGGCUCCUCAACGGGCACUUCAGCCUCGCUCGCCACAACUGCCACUGAGGUCAACGCAUCGUUUGCGUCCACUUCUGUUGAUGAUCAGGGAAAUUAAAACAAUAGCCCUCCAAACUAAUGCUGUUUUGUUAUGAGUCAGUGAACAACUGCUCUGAUUGAUUGGAGCUCUCCAAUGUUGAGUUUCAGAUUAUCAUAUACUGUAUAUUGAGUUUCAUAUAUAUGCAUAUUUACCAGACAAUAUCUAUUACAAAACAAAUGUGACUAUUCAUUUUGAGGUGAAAUCACAUAAUAGAAAUGGUUGUGCACACAGGACGAUGUACCCCAAGGUGUGAUAGGUUUCAUUUAAAAGAAAGAAAUAUAAAAGCACAAGGAUAGGAACGAUAACUAAAUAUCUUGAAAAUCCCCCAAAAUGCUCUUUUUUAGAGACUUAAGCCAAAGUCUGGAUAUUUUUUUAAACACAAUUUCAUCUUCAACAAUAUUGUUUUGACUUUUUUGCAACUUGCUGUUUUCUUCAAUUUGAUGUCUUGAGGUCAGUCUAAAAUAUGACACGCAACUAAUCCUGGAGCAUGUUCAGUCUCUUGUCAAAGAUGCAGCUGAUUGAUUAUUGCGGUUUAACUAAAUAUAAGGCCAAUUUAACUGAGAGAUCUUGUUGAUUUGCAUUAAAACACUAACUGUCAGUUUUAGCCAUCAGCUGUAAAAUACAUUCAUUUAGCAUUUAUAUUUUAGGAA